GAGACUCGAGGGGGUCCCGGGCCGGGAGGGCCGCCGCCGCCAUGCAGGAAAUCAUCGCCAGCGUGGACCACAUCAAGUUCGACUUGGAGAUCGCGGUGGAGCAGCAGCUCGGGGCGCAGCCGCUCCCCUUCCCCGGCAUGGACAAGUCGGGGGCUGCUGUCUGCGAAUUCUUUUUGAAAGCUGCCUGUGGUAAAGGUGGCAUGUGCCCGUUCCGCCACAUCAGCGGCGAGAAGACGGUCGUGUGCAAACACUGGCUGCGGGGGCUGUGCAAGAAGGGCGACCAGUGCGAGUUCUUGCACGAGUACGACAUGACCAAGAUGCCCGAGUGCUACUUCUACUCCAAAUUUGGGGAGUGCAGCAACAAGGAGUGCCCCUUCCUCCACAUCGAUCCUGAGUCCAAGAUCAAGGACUGCCCCUGGUACGACCGCGGCUUCUGCAAACACGGCCCCCUGUGCAGGCACCGGCACACGCGGAGAGUCAUCUGUGUGAACUACCUCGUGGGAUUCUGCCCAGAGGGCCCCUCCUGUAAAUUCAUGCACCCUCGAUUUGAACUGCCGAUGGGAACCACCGAGCAGCCCCCACUGCCGCAGCAGACACAGCCACCGACAAAGCAAAGUAACAAUCCGCCAUUACAAAGGUCGUCCUCCUUGAUCCAGUUAACGAGUCAGAACUCUUCUCCCAAUCAGCAGAGAGCCCCGCAGGUCAUCGGGGUCAUGCAGAGUCAAAACAGCAGUGCAGGCAACCGGGGACCCCGGCCGCUGGAGCAGGUCACCUGCUACAAGUGUGGCGAGAAAGGACACUACGCCAACAGAUGCACCAAGGGGCACUUGGCCUUUCUCAGUGGACAGUGAUGGCAGCUGGAGCCCGCUCAGAGCAGCUUGAGGGGUGUUGUUGGGGACAACUCCGGGGCCAUCCUCGGACACACGCAUUUGACUGCCUGAUGCCUGUGUUGGGGCAUCUCUCGUCAGGGCUGGCAGGCAGGCAUGCUAGGGUUCAUUAUUCUGGGGGGCUACAUCUGUUAGUUUCCCUCUCAUUUUGCUGUAAUCUUUUCUAUAAAAGGGACCUGUGCUCCAGCUGGGCCCCUCAAGUUGGCAUCAUGUUUGUCCAGGCAUUACUGCCUUCUCUCCGGGACCCCCCAUUUCCAGCAUGGGACUCCCCCACAUAUCUGCCCUUUGGGAGUGAGGGGGAGGAAGUUGCUGGGGAAGGGCUUGCGCUUGCAGUUCUGUAGAUGGUCACCCCUUCAGGGCCUGGUGCCCCCAGGGGCUGGGGGUCACUCAAAGCUGCGAGCAAGUCAUCCUGCCUCCUCUGUGUCCUGCUGAACCCAGAAGCCGUGCCUCUCUGUGCUUCGGACAAGGCCUCUGUGGCAGUCUCUAGCCCAUGUGUCACCUCAGCCUGGUCCUGGCCCACGGAGGCAGCAGUUGAGAGGAGGGGUACAGGGCUCUGAUUUAAACUGGAGGUUCUUUUCUUCCUCUGACUUUAUUUUCUCUUGGCCUCCUGCUUGAUGGUAUUUAAGGUAUACCUUAAGCUGGAGCUGCAGACCCUCUUUUAUAUAGACUACCCAGCUCAUCUGUGUGCCCAGCUCAGGCCCCAUCAAGCGUUCUGUACUGUCACUGGAACACUGAUGAUGUGUGAAGGAGGCCUCUCUUACCCCUGAGCCUGGAAAAUGUGAAAUUCAACUGCAACCUGCUGGGCAAGUGGGCCUAUCCAAGUUCAAUUGCAAGAACAAUUUUUAUGAGGUUGAUUAAAGCUUGUUUUUUAAA